GAGGCGUUCGUGAAAUUUCGUCCCAACAUAUUUCUCUCUCUCUUUCUCCCAAAAAUCACAAUUUAUGAAAAUGAAGAAAACAGUAAUACUGAUAGUGCUGCUCUGUGCCACCAUAAGUGUCGUUUUAUCUGUAAAUGAUGGAUUAUUGCCUAAUGGCAACUUCGAGCAAGGUCCAAAACCAUCACAAUUGAAGGGCACGAGAGUGACAAACCCUCACGCUAUACCCCACUGGGAAAUCUCAGGUUAUGUAGAAUACAUCAAAUCAGGCCAAACACAAGGUGACAUGCUACUUCCAGUGCCAGAAGGAGCUUUUGCUGUUAGGCUUGGGGAAGACGCAUCCAUCAAAACCAGAAUCACGAACUUCACUAAAGGAACUUUCUACUCUUUGUCCUUCAACUUUGCUAGGACCUGUGCGCAAGAAGAGAAACUCAACGUGUCUGUGUCGCCUAACAGCGAGCCUAAUGACUGGGGAAUGCUUCCAAUGCAGACCAUGUAUAGUAGUGAUGGUUGGGACUCUUAUUCGUGGGGUUUCUUGGCCGAAGCCAAUGAAAUUGACAUCAUGUUACACAAUCCUGCAAUUGAGAAGGACCCAGCUUGUGGCCCUCUCAUUGAUUUCAUUGCUCUCAAGGCUUUGAAAAACCCUCAUAGACCAAAAGGCAACAUGUUGAAGAACGGAAACUUUGAGGAGGGUCCAUAUAUCUUCCCCAACACAAGCUGGGGAGUUCUAAUUCCUCCAAAUAUUGAGGAUGAUCACUCACCAUUGCCCGGAUGGAUGAUUGAAUCUCUCAAGGCAGUAAAAUACAUUGAUGCUGCACACUUCACCGUGCCGGAGGGCAAGCGCGCCAUCGAACUUGUGGCCGGUAGAGAAAGUGCAAUAGCACAAGUAGUGAUAACUACAAAAGGAAAGGUCUACGACCUCAUGUUCUCGGUAGGAGAUGCCAGCAAUUCCUGCCAAGGGUCUAUGCUUAUAGAAGCAUUUGCCGGCCAGAUCACUUUGCGAGUCCCCUAUGAAUCCAAAGGUAAUGGAGGAUUCAAACGAGCCAAGCUUCGGUUCAAAGCAGUUUCUGAGCGCACCAGGGUCAGGUUCUUGAGCACAUACUAUCACAUGAAGAGCGAUCACUCUGGCUCCUUGUGUGGUCCUGUGGUUGAUGAUGUGAGAUUAGUUGGAGUUCGCCAUCCAUAAGUUCUAUAGAUCAAUUAAUUACUAGUAAUACAUAAACUUGAACCAAACUUGAAUGGUUAUUAGUUUGCCUUUCCUUUUCUUUCUUAUUACCGCAUUUCUUAUGCUGAGGGAAUGAGUUCUUAUUCCAUGUAAUGUUACUAUGGCAGAGAUGUUCGGUUUUUCAUAUUGCAAAAGCAAUUAGAGGGUUACAUCAUUUAGUCUU